AUGAAUGAAAAUGUUGUUAAACUUCUACCUAGAAACGAAUACGUUUCUGCUUAUAAACAGUAUAUGAGCGAUAAUGGAGGAACAAACCUAUCAGCAGCGGCUAUUGCGGGUAUUUCCAUUGGAGUAAUUGUUGGUGUCCUUAUACUAAUAUUGAUCGGUGUACUGAUCUAUUACUUUCGUCUACGGCAUAAACGUUAUGAAUGCGCCUAUGAUACAGAAGAAGCUCUGGGAAAUAAUUUCACAUCAGCGGAACACGCCUUACAACAAAAAUAUCACAAUCAUCCUGAUGUUAAAGCAGAGUUGUAUAUAUAAAAAAAAAGAAGGCCAAAACAGAAACUCUCGCUCUCUUCGUCCAUGGUUCUUUCUGUACACUAACAAUAUUACAACAUACUGCUGAUAGUUUGAACAGUGGCAGGUAGCAUGAUGCUUUUAUUUAAUCUGUUUUACAAAGAACUGCAGAUUUACAAAUAUAUAUAUAAUAUUCCAGCUAUGAUUUAUCUACACCAACAAAAGUAAUCAAUAGCCAAUCAAUAAUUGUAUAUUUAAUUAUUUGAAUGUAUAUGUAUAUACAACAUAUCUAAUCGAUCUUUGAAAAAUCGAUAUUUCACACUGUGUAUAGCUCAUAAUACUGAUAAUAAUAUUUUUAUCCUUUCAUAUUAUUAUAAAUAAUCGAGACAUAUCACCUUCCCUCCCUGGCUUUAAUUUUUGUGUACAAAAUUAAUUUUUUCUUUACUUUCUAUUCAUUUCCUUUGGCUAUCUAUUUCUUUACUUUUCAAUAUAGUUAGGUGUACAGAAUUAAAAAAGAUAGUUUAGAAGAAAACAAAUUCAAAUUUUAAAUACAUACACAAACACCCUUCCAUGAAAGCAUACAUAAUCAUUAGUAAUUCUUCCACUUUUUAUUAGUAAUAUUUACACUAUUAAAUACAAUAAUAUUGAUAAUAAUAAAUAUUGAUUGAUACACUCACUCACUCAUCAGUUGUUCAAAUUCAAAUUUUGAAAAAAAAUCAAUAUCAGUAAACAAGUGAGGAAAGUUUUGCAAUUUAAUUGAAGGAGACAAAAGGCGGGGAGGGUGGGAGAACUGCUUUUAAUGUGACGAACGACAAAUCUAUGUAAAAGUAAAAAUUAACCUUUGUGAUUUUAUUAUACUUUCUUAAUUUUACAAGUUUUAUAUGGAGAAAAUAUAUAUAAAUGAGUUUUUAUAUGAUUA